AUGGCUAACAAAGAAGACGACGAAUCGUUCCGAGAAGAUGAAGUUUACAUAAACCCUGAAGAUGGCAUGCCCAAUGUUCAUCCGAAUAUAGCAAAUUUAGAACAAGAAAGUGAUUCUCAAGACGAAACAAACGAGUUCGAUGACUUACCGAAAUCGGUGAUCGUUACAAAUAUUCCUAGUGAUGUUUUCGCUGACGAAAAGUUAAAAAAAGAAGUGGAAGAUUUAUUCCGUACAUUUUCAGAAAACAUUACAUUUCAGUGGCUUCGUAGUUUUAAAAGAUUGCGAGUUAAUUAUGAUAGUCCUCUUGCAGCUGCGAACGCUCGAGUGCAACUACAUCAGUAUAAAUUUCAUAAUUCCCAUAUUAAUUGUUAUUUCGCACAACCGGUGACACCAAUUUCUUUAAAAAAUUUAAAACCCCCAGCUCCUGUGAAGCAGUUCCUUAUUUCACCUCCAUCUAGUCCCCCUGUAGGAUGGGAACCUCGUGAAGAAGGUGAGCCAAUAAUUAACCCAGACUUAUUGGCAGCUAUAGCAACUCUGGCUCCUGGAGAAAGUCAUGAACUCCAUGCACCAACCCCCACUCAACCAGCUAUAGUAGUCCAUACAGCAUUGACCACUGAAGCUAAUUCUCAAAAAUGCUUAAUUCAGCCUAUACCACAUACUCGUUGUCCAGAUUAUUGA